AUGACAUAUAGCCUUAUUAUCUCUAAAAUAAGAUCUAUAUUGAAGGUAACAGAUAAACUUGUUAUCUCUAACAUCAGAUCUAUAUUCAAGGUAACAGAUAAACAUGAUAUGCGUAAUAUCAGAUCUAUAUUCAAGCUUGCCACGUUUCUCUUCUCUUCUAAUUUGAUGUUGGUAAUUGUUUUACUGUGUGUUGUGUCUUUACACGUUGCCAGCCCUAAACCUCAUUCACGUACCCGAAAGUCUGCUGAUGGAGAAAAAGAAGAUUGUUAUAAUAUUACAAAAGACAAAAUGUUGAAUUAUCAGAUUUUGAAUCUAACUCUUGUUAAAUCCAAAGAUGGAUGCAAACCAUUAUGUGAGAAUAAUAACAAAUGUAGCACAUUUCGGGUACACAAACCUUUGACUAGUGAAGACAGAACAUUUUUCUGUGUUCUGUACGAAAAACCAUAUAUCUUUGCAACAGAAGAUAUAAAUUUGGAGGAGUGUAAAAAGAAGUGUAGGGCGAUGAAGGAAUGUAAAACACUUGACAAUUAUAAAACGAAGACACACUAG